UCUCUGGCCGCUGCCUGCCGCGGGGAUCGCCCUCCCCGCACUCCCACGCCUUCAAUUACUGAUUGUGGCGGCCGCCGCCCGCGCCGUGCCUCCGCGCCUCGCCCGCCCGCUCCCCCUCUCUCCAGAGCCCCGGCACUGCCGCAGAGGCUUCACCGCAACGCGAAGCCCACACCGCCACUCCGGUCCGCCCCUCCUCUGGUCUGUCACGCUCGGCGGCUCCUCCGGGAGCGGGAGCCUCCUCGCUCCCCGCCCCGCAGCCCCACGCCGCGAGCAGGAGGCAGGCGGCAGCGGGAGCGCAGCGAGCCGGGAACGCCCCGCAGCGCGGCCGCGCCGCGGCUCUCCGCCGCCUGCCCCGCCGGUCGGUUGAAUAUUACAGCUUCACAUGUACUUGGGCUUUUUCUACUGAUGUCCAACGCACAAUAGAUAGUCUAAACGGUAUUCAACAGGUCCCUCUGCAGCAUAACAGCAAUCUUUCUUUGAUACAAGAUGGAAGAAACAUACAAAGACAGGACUUCAUUAAUGAAAGGGGCAAAAGAUAUUGCCAAAGAAGUGAAGAGGCAAGCGGUGAAAAAAGUGAAUAAAGCUGUUGACAGAGCUCAGGAUGGCUACACACAGAGGUCCUACAACCGAUUCCAGGAUGAGGAAGAUGAUGAUGAUUACUAUGUCCAAGGAGGAAAUUAUGGUGUAGAAGCUAAUGAUGAUGAAGGAUCAAGUGAAGCAACUGAAGGGCAUGAUGAAGAUGAUGAAAUUUAUGAAGGGGAGUAUCAGGGAAUCCCUCAUAUGGGGCAGGGCAAGGAUGGCAUGGUGGCCUUAGGUCAGCCUAUGCGUGAUGAAUAUAAGGAUCGUCAUGAACUGGAAACAGAGAGGAAAGCUGAUGAAGAAGAGCUAGCACAGCAGUAUGAACUGAUAAUACAAGAAUGCGGCCAUGGCCGUUUCCAGUGGGCCCUCUUCUUUGUUUUGGGAAUGGCCUUAAUGGCUGAUGGGGUCGAAGUUUUUGUAGUUGGAUUUGUAUUGCCCAGUGCUGAAACAGACAUGUGUAUACCCAAUUCUGGAUCAGGAUGGCUUGGUAGCAUAGUGUACCUUGGGAUGAUGGUGGGGGCAUUCUUCUGGGGAGGCUUGGCAGACAAGGUGGGAAGGAGACAGUCACUCCUGAUAUGCAUGUCUGUCAAUGGAUUCUUUGCCUUCCUUUCAUCAUUCGUCCAGGGCUAUGGCUUCUUCCUCUUCUGUCGCUUGUUUUCUGGAUUUGGGAUCGGUGGAGCUGUGCCAACAGUCUUCUCCUAUUUUUCGGAAGUGCUUGCUCGGGAGAAACGAGGCGAGCACCUGAGUUGGCUCUGUAUGUUUUGGAUGAUUGGCGGCAUCUACGCUUCUGCAAUGGCUUGGGCAAUAAUUCCUCAUUAUGGAUGGAGUUUCAGCAUGGGCUCUGCCUACCAGUUCCACAGCUGGCGAGUAUUUGUGAUCGUCUGCGCACUGCCUUGUGUCUCUUCUGUGGUAGCCCUCACCUUUAUGCCAGAAAGCCCGCGGUUCUUGCUGGAGGUUGGAAAACAUGAUGAAGCUUGGAUGAUACUCAAGCAAAUUCAUGACACAAACAUGCGAGCUCGUGGUCAGCCUGAGAAAGUCUUCACCGUAAACAGAAUCAAAACUCCAAAGCAAAUAGACGAGCUCAUAGAAAUCGAGAGCGAUACAGGAACUUGGUACAGGAGGUGUUUCGUUAGAAUUCGCACAGAGCUAUAUGGUAUCUGGUUGACGUUUAUGAGAUGUUUCAACUAUCCGGUGAAGGAUAAUACGAUCAAACUUACAGCUGUAUGGUUCACCCUGUCUUUUGGCUACUAUGGCUUAUCUGUCUGGUUUCCUGAUGUCAUUAAACAUCUGCAGUCAGAUGAGUAUGCGUCCCGAGUGAAACAUUUCCGCAAUGAGGAGGUUUCACAUUUCGUCUUCAACUUCACACUGGAAAAUCAGAUUCACAGCAAUGGAGAAUACAUCAAUGACAGGUUUAUUAUGAUGAAGUUUAAAUCAGUAACCUUUGAAGAUUCACUUUUUAAGAACUGUGUGUUUGAAGACAUUACUUCACUGAACACAUACUUCAGGAACUGUACUUUCAUCAAUACCACCUUCUACAACACAGAUCUCGAGCAAUAUAAAUUUGUUGACAGCGAAUUGAUAAACUGCACAUUUUUCCACAUCAGGACAGGAUGUCAGAUUUCUUUUGAUGACGACUACAGUGCCUACUGGAUUUACUUUGUUAAUUUCCUGGGAACAUUGGCAGUGUUACCAGGGAAUAUUGUGUCCGCUCUCCUGAUGGAUAGAAUUGGACGGUUAACGAUGUUAGGUGGUUCCAUGGUUCUCUCUGGCAUCAGCUGUUUUUUCCUGUGGUUUGGGACCAGUGAAUCCAUGAUGAUAGGUAUGCUGUGCCUCUACAACGGCCUCACCAUCUCAGCGUGGAACUCUCUAGACGUCAUUACCGUGGAGCUGUAUCCUACAGACAGAAGGGCAACAGGCUUUGGCUUUUUGAAUGCACUAUGCAAAGCAGCAGCUGUACUUGGAAACUUAAUAUUCGGUUCCCUUGUUGGCAUCACCAAAGCAAUCCCUAUUCUCCUUGCUUCUACUGUUCUAGUGUGUGGAGGUCUGGUAGGACUUCGGCUUCCUGACACAAGAACCCAGGUGUUGAUGUAACUGGAAAAAGCCAUUUACUAUUUAUUUCCUUCUGCAUACAAAUGUCAACUCUCCUGACCGAUGGUGCAAAGGCUUCAGAUUCUCAACGCUUAGUAGAGUGCUCAAAUGUCAGAAAUCAAACUCAAAAGAUACUUUGGAGUGGCAGAGAUUUAGCAACCUCUGUAUGAAAGUUUUAAAUGUCACUUUGGUUUGCUUGCAGACAUUGCUAUUCAAACCCACUUAACUUCAAACUGCAAAGCUACCUCUUAAAACACUUUCGGUCACAUAUCCAGUAAAGUAAAAACCAUACUGAUAAUUAGAUAUUUAAAAUGCAAGCAGUCAUAUUAUUUAAAAAAUACAUGCUAAAUUUGGCCAUGGCAUUGUGAGCUUUUGUAACAGUACAGACAUGCAAGUCAACUACUUCGCAGUGUUGGUGCAGAGAAUGUUAAUAUAUCAAUGCAUGCAGCAUUAAUCAGGAAACUCUGCAGACCACAACAGGACUGAGAAUACUGACCUUCUGCAGCUGUGCUUAGAUGGAAAAACUUGUGGCAAUGCCUCUUUCCUGGGAAAUCUUUUUAGGUAGAUUCAGUCUAAAGUAAAGAUUAUCAUCUACAUCCCUUAUUUGCUGAGGAGAAGGCAACAGCUACUGCAGGGAGAUUAAAAGCCCAUAUGGGUAAGCAGCAAAGAGAAUAACAAAAUAAACUUUCACUCUUUGCUGCUGAUCCUCCAGAAAAAUUUUGUUUUCUUCUCACUUGUGGCAUCUGGAAUAUUUUUGCCAUUUUAAAACAGUGGAUUUGUCUUAAUCUAGGAGUGAAUCAAUACAAAAGUUUAUGUUGUCAUAAAUAUGAAUGAAGGAAGAAUCAGGCCAGUGAACUGUAUGAAAAGGAAGAUGCUUUCAGAAGUAUGUUUGGUAUUUACACUUCUAAUAUAUAUUUCUUUGUCGCAGAUUGGUUAUAAAAAUAUGUGGCCAUAGAAUGCCACCUAGUAAAUUUGAUCAGAUCAUACCUUCAAUAUAGAGUAUAAUGUAAUUAAAACAUCUCAAAAGAUUUUUUUAAAUAUCAGAACAAUGAAAAGCAAUAAAAACACCUUCAUUAUUUUCACAGUUUAUACACUUCUUUAUAUAACUAUUUUUUCAGCUGAUUUUUAGUAGUUCUAGAGAUAUCUCACCAUUUAACACUUUCAUAUAUCUCUGAAAGGCCAUUAAGAAAGAAGCCAUGGCAAGGCUGCAGGGAGUGGUAAUGCUUUUAUUAGACCAAGAGCAAGGAUGGAGAGUAAAUGGUAGUAAAUAUAUUUCUUCUAAGUGAUAUGCUGUGGACUGUUCUGGAUUUCAGUAAAGAGUUCCCCACCAGUCCUUCUGUUAUACAAAAGGCUAUGGGAUCACUUUAAAAUGUUAGCGCUAAAAAUUUAGUACAAAUACAUUUAUAAAAUUAGCAAACAAAAGGGGCAGAUCCUCUGAUGACAGAAACUGGCAUUGCUUUCAGUGCAGCUAAGAAAACUUGUAUCAGCUGAUGAACUAUCUGCAGUUUCAAGUUUCAAAGAACAAAUUUGGUAUAAAACAUAAGGAAAAAUUUAUCAGUAUUUUUUCUAAUUAUGUCUGACAACAUUUAUUAGGUGGUUGAAUCAUUGCCAAAGAAAUUAGCCUCUCAGAUAAGGUCAUUGUAUAGUAAGACAGAUUUUUUUUUCAUUAAUUUUUCUUUUGCUUGUAUAUGUCAACUUAGCUUUGGGUAGUAAUAUCCAUCACUUCAUUCUGUGUCAGUCAUUGUCUUAGUCAUAUUCAAAGAGUCAGUAAAAGUCCACCUAAGAAGAUCAUUCAUUACAUUUAAAGUUCACUGUUUAAUUUACUGAUCGUAGAAGUUACAUUUUUCAGUUACUAACAAAUGCCUACGAUACGCAUUGUAGCACCAAAUUGUUAGCACAAGGUGUGUUUUUCUGCUAGUAAUAAAUGGGAAAAGUGGCUGAUUUAAAAAAGCAUGAGUAUGGAAAACUAGUGGACAUUUUUUUGAUGUUGAUAAUUUAAAUAUAAUACAGUAAGAAACAAAGUUUAAGAAGUAUGUUUAUUUUGGAAUAUAAACAGUCAAGAUAUUUGAGAUUAAAUAUUUUAUAUUUAAAUCUGACUUAAACAUGUUUUUUAAAUUUCUAAACUAUGUUAAAAAAAGAAGGAGGAAGAAUUAUUUUUCACCAAGUUCCAGGUUAAAAACAAAAUACUGGCAUUAGUUUUGCAUCUGUGGCUUUUGUCCACUAGUCAUAACCUUAGUAUUAUUUCAAGGCUGUUUUCUCCAAUAAGAGUUAUAUUUGAGCCUUGUUUCUCUGUGCCAUUCAUUAGCAGCAUGUGUCCACCUCCUUGUACUUACUGCACAACUUAUUUUGAAAUCUGAAGCCUCUGUACGUGUUUGGAGUAAACAUCAACAGCAAUGGGAAAAUAUUACAUUGUCUUGCUAUGCACUGUCCGCUUGAAGUAUAUUCUGUCCACCUCUGUACGUAAUUCCAAAAAACAUCCAAAUCCAACACAUCAUGCCACCUGACCAGUGUGGAGGAAAUGAGCCACAGAAAAAUAAGGUUCAACUUUUGAGGGCUACAGGUCAAGGUUAACACACUAAAAGCUCAUUACACGUAAAAUUAUGCUGAUUUCGAUGUGGGUUAUUAUUGUAAAUCUUGACUAUGUCAUAAGUAUGUGAUUAAGUCUGGAUGAAGUGGAAUAUAGCAACAACAGGAAUUAGUAAAGAUGAACAAAAUUCCCAACUACAUGAACCUUGCAUGGUCCAGAAUUAGAGUCAAUGUUCUAAGGCAGGAAAAGGAAAAAAGAAUUAUAGUGGGAAGGAAAGCGGGGAUACAUAAAUGGAAGAGAUGCACAAAGAAAAAAAUCCACUAACAUUUCCAACAUAUUGAACAAAACCUAAAGCUAGAAUUUCCCUAGCUGGUGAGCCAGUUGGCUCAACAGAUUUGAACUAAUGCACAAGCCAGCAUUAAAGCUGUUUGAACAAUCAAUUUUUUGGGCUUAAGUGCAGUAAAGAUUUAUCUCAUAAAGACAAAAGAAAUUAAUGCAAUUUCAGGCUAUAAAUACUUGGUUAGAUAGGUACAAUCCACAGGCUGGAACAGAAAUAAUCUGUGGCGCUCUGGACACAAACGUUACUUACGUUAUAAGCAAAAGUGAUUUGGUUGGUCUUUAGUGAGUCUGUCUUUUUUUGCAGCUUCCAAAGCAAUAUCAGGUAACAAAUAUUGGGCAGUAGGAAUUGUACUUCCUUUCUGUGUAUGUUCACUUAUAUCUCACAUAAAGAAUCACUUAGUGGCCUGGUUAGAUCCCUGAUACACCACAGAGAACCAAACUUGAUUGCAUUUGUGUAUCAGAACUUUCAAACAUAUAAUCAAAACUGCUUAUUUGUCUGUUUUGGUCACUGAACUAACUGACCACUAAUUGGAAACUCCUUUCAAUCUAAACUGAAGCAGGAUAUGAGGUAAGUGCUCUUCUCCUGUAAAGCUGAAAGGCUCAUUCCUAUUGAGAGCAAUGACAAAAAGUACAAUGGCCACUGAAGACAGAGAAGAAUGACAGCAUUAGAAUGGUAUUAACCAUGAUGGUCAACUACUUUAAAAUUUAAAAACUGUCCACACAAAAGACCACAUGUUUUCAUUUUUGGCAAAGAAAUUUUAUUCUAACUAGUUUUACUCCUUACAGGUUGUCUGAUAGUAGAGCUUGACUUAGCAGACUCUUAUUUCUUGAAAGCAUCUUAUUCAUUGUGUUUGUGCAUUUUAACCAGAUUGGCUAUAUUCAUGUUAGCACCUUAUUGGUUGGAAGCACGCACUACAACAUUUGAUAUGCAUUGCAUUGAUUGCUGAGUACGGACUCCUAAUAAGGGAACCAAGACUAGGUGUUCAUGGUUUCUGGAGUGCUGAAGGGGGUUGUUAAUGUAUUUUGUAUUGGGAAGCCUUCUUCCUCUAUGCAUGAUUUUAGCCAGUGCCCUUCCAGAAGUGUAUACUACAAAACUUCAACACAGUGAAAAAGCCUUCCUGAUGGCUCCAGUAGCCUACCCUUUGUUCAUCAUCUUAGAAAAGUAGGACAAAGUAAGACUGCUAACUCGAGCUCUGCUCUCUUUCUCUUCAUGCCAUUCCAUUCAUUCCAUCCCAAACUGCUUUUCUUACCAGAGGGCCAAUCUUAAAGAAAGUCAAAACUCACUGCUUAUGCUCUCACUUGCUUCUGACUUUAUAGUAACAUUCAGUAAGAAGGUUUGCCACCUAUCUUUUGCAAUUUGGCCAUCCCUUUAUAAACCAAGAUGGAAACUGAUCUCAAAAGUCCUUCAGACAAUCUUACCGUUUUGAGGCAGCCAGACUCCACAUUUCUCUACAUAUCCAGAAGGCUGAACUAAUACAGCGAGGGGUCCUCUCAGAAUGGCCCUAGUUGGGCUCCUUCUGCUGUGGGUGCAGAUAUGGGGGAAUCUUCUUGUUUGUGCACCUAGCUCAGCUCCAUUUGGAGGAAAAUAUUACUCUCUGUUCCUGUUUUCUUUUUCUACCGCUAUGGAGCCCUAUUGUCAUGUAACCGCUAUUAGGCACAACUGCUGAUUCCAAUACUUAGCAAUAUAAUAUAGUCCUCAGCCCCUCAUAUGGACAGCCUCUGUGUGCUGGGCUUUAGCUCUCUUCCCCAUUGUGAGUUUUAAAAUGGUCGUCUUUAGUCAGAGAACGAUGUUUACAUCCAGUCACACCUCUUUACCUAAACAAGAUGAUAUCAUGCUAAUACAACCUACAAGCCAUGUUUCCUGUUUAAUAACCUGGAAAUGCAAUUGAAAUUUCAAUCCCAAUGUUAAAAAAAUGAAUCCUUGCACUCAGGGGGUCAGAGACACAAGAAGUGAAAACAGAAAUUCUCCACUUCCUCUGGAGUCUUGAAAGAAAACACAUGUUCAGUAAUCAUAUUCCAGAAGAAAACACGUCCGAGAGACUGCUUUUCCUCUGCAUUUCCUGCCUUCUUGUUCAUUAAACUUACUGUAAAAUAUUAGGUAUUUGCCUGAAUUAGUACUUUCCAAUGCUGCUAGUUCAGGAAACACAGCAUGAAAAGACAGACUUUUGCCUGCAGUUUGGAGGCAAGACAAGGAACAGGCAGUGAUGUGGAAUUAGCAGAGACAUGUUAGCCAGAAAAUCUGGAACUCAGUUCAGAACCUAAAUUAAAUAGAAAGCACCAAUUUAUAAUGCAGAUCUCCCUGAGCUUGACUUAUGGUUACCCAGUCUACAACCAGUCCAUAAGCUGAAAUCAGACUCAUUGCUUUCUUCUAACGUUGAUAAUUUCAACAAGUGAUGCAAAAUAUUUUUUGAUCCGUUACCAUUAUCUGCAUUCUUUAUUUUUAUUGCAGUGGUGAAUACCCUACUUCUUCCAGCAAAGGAAGGAUCCUUCAAUACUUACUCCUACUCUAUAUGUGUAAGAGUCUUAUAUAGAAUUUCAUCCACAUGCAGGACCUUUCUUUGAUGCAGUGACUUAGCAUCUCAGAAACAGGAAAAAGACAAAAUGGGCCUGAUUGAUUUACUUUUCUUAUUUGAUAGUAGGUUGAAUUAUCUCCAAAGAUGCUGGCCUGUAAUAUGUAGCCAUGCUUUCUAGCCCUUGGAGUACAUCUUGUCCAACUAAAAAUGAAUAAAGCAGUAAUUUUUGGCAGUGCCUUCCCACAACAUAUACACAAGCUACAUUUACUAGGACCAAAAUACUUAGGAAAAAGAUAUGGGGAAAAACACAGGUGUAAUUGCUUUCUGGGGUAAAUGAUCUUCCCUUCUUGACAAAGGUCUAGAACAUAAUGCUCACUUCUGACCAGUACACCAUCCAAUGAUGAAAGAUUGGAGAUUACUUAACAACAACGGUAUUUGGAUGAGGAUGACCUGACACAAAAGUAUUGUCCCUUUCGCCCAGGAUAUUCAUGAAUAUAUAAUUUAAUGCCACAUAACCAAGAAGAUUUGUAGAGAACUUGCCCCUAUUCUGGCCAUCAACACUUCUGAGCCAUAGCCAAAUACAUAAGUCUGCAAGUGAGAGAGAGAAAUUACUGGCAGGCUGGCUUUCAUCACUCUCUCCACAGCUAGCCACCUAAGCUCAUUUUGCUUGGAUCCUAAGGAUCUGCUUUUUUGCUCAGACUCCUACUUUCUAAUUCUGGACAUCUACCACCUGCCACUCAGUUUUCACCAGUAGUCCUGACCAAGCAAUUUGAAGCUACUUGCUGCUGAUGGACAGCACUCAUAACUCAUGACAAGCACAGUACUCUGCAAAAGUCUGAUGUCUUAUGUGUUCCAGUUUUGUCUGUUGUCUAGAGCUGGAGUUGUCAUCUAGCUUUUCUCUAUGAUAAUACUGCAUGUUUUUUAACCUAUAAGACAUGUCUUCUAUUGUCUUAAUGUCUGUCUUGUAAAUAUAUGCCUGUCCCCCACUGGCUAUGUGAUAAAAGUCAUUUGUGAAUCUCACGUAGGCCUGUCUUACCCAGUUAAAAGUUGAUCCUUCAAAAGAAGAGGGUCAGAAAAAAAUAAUUAAAUGGAAUCAAAUUAAAAGCAGACCAUGAAGAGUAAGAUUUCAAGGCCCAGGGUUCAAUUACUUUUAUUUUUGUCAGCUGUUUUCCUUAAAUCCUAGCCCGCAGCUAUAUAAUACUAUAUAUAGUGAAGAAGUAUUACACAGUUAGAGGUGAAUACAUAUAUGGACACACGUGUGGGUGAAUAUACACACAUUUAUACAGACACAACUCCCUGAAACACAGGUGGAUGUUAAGACUUACAAACCAUAUUCCCAUCUCAUUCUCGAUGACACUGUUACUUUCUGCCUUGUGCAUUUUGCUUUGAACACAAAUAACGUCCUUCUCUGUUCCUUGUGCAGAAAGCUUUACUUACUCAUGCGCAAAAUUUUGGGGAUGCCAAGAUUCAUCUUAGCUGGCCAUUAGCUUUCGGUCAUUGGAAGGGAACUCCUGAAAUGGUCUGAAAAAUGAGCUCUGACUUAGCUGUAGCCUUCCACCCCCCAACACACUGUGCCAAACAGCAGAACAGUACAUUGUGCAAAGGCACUGGUCAUAUUCCGGUGACUAGGAGACACAGCAUUCUCAGAUACAUAAAAUCCUAAACGCUGCGAAUUUUGUCUUAUUCAGCUAUAAGUCCUUCAAAAUGUUCCAUGUGGAUCUCAACAUGUUAACUUCUGUGUAACCUAUGAGAAAAUGUCUGUGUCUUCCUGUACUGUAUGUUUUUCAUUGUUUCUGCAUACAUAGCUUCUGUCGUUCUAGUAAUGUGGCUGAACAAUCCUUUGCUGCUGUUCUUAUCAGCAAUCUUUGACCAGCCUGAGACAGAGCCGUUGCCAGGGUGUCUUUCAACUAAUGAUUAACACCCACGAAGAUCUUCUACAGUAAUUAGUGCUGUAUAAAGUAAUUGCGGCUAUAAUUCAAGCAAAUCCGGGGUUAAAAUAGCAGCACAUGCACACAGAGCAGUGAGGAUGGAGAGAGCUCUUUCAAAAGCUCUGGCAUCUGCUACAUUUCUGCCUCCAUCUUCGCAGGAUAUUCACUCUUUGCAGUGUGCUUCCUCUGGUGGGACACACACACACGUUACAGAACUAAGAAAGCAGCAAAAGAAAGGUUGUAUUCCUUCCACAGGACUUAACAAUGUACAUCGGCUAUAGGAAAAGCAACUCUAUUCUAAGAUUAAAACAAACAAACAAACAAACCAAGCAGCUUGCAAUUCUUUUUUUUUCCCAUGUGUUCUGUGAGUUGAUAAACUGAAUACCAGUCUGUACCAAACAUUUGGGAGGACACUAUGAAAGGGUAGCAAUGCUCAUAUGAUAGUACUUUUGGAAAGUAGUGGGUCUUUCCAAAAGGAAAACACAGUCACUGAGUGAGAGUGUAGCAUUUAGUUUCUAACUGUGAUCAUGAAUAGGCAGUUUUAAGUAGAAAAUUGCCAUUCAGAUUCAAAGUAGCAGCAGCUAAUACUACCUUGUCUUUGAAAAUUUGCAAACAUAGAUUAAAACCAAUAGUUUAGAGGGAAAAGGAGAAUAUUAAAAUUUGGAGAGCGAUUUACAAAACACAACCUCCCAUCACUUCUUUUGGACAACCCUUACAGCUCUUUCCUGGUUCUUCUUGCCACAGAUCCCUUCUGAUAUGGUGACUGAUUUCAUUAAUGCUUCACUAGUGAAAUGAAAAUUUUUACUGACAUUUGCAACAAAAAUUAGAGCAGGCAUGAAAUUAGCACUGUAGGAAAGCUAGCUCAUUUAUAAAGACUUUUUAAGAAUGCACCAAGCUGCUAGUGAUUGCAUUUAUUGUCUUCCUAGUGGUUUAGGAUCCUGAAAAGUGUUACAUGAAACUAUACUGUGUGUGUAAACUGAUCCCUUUUUAAAUCAGUGAUGCAAAUUGCAGGAUUGAGAUCUUAGGAAUGCUGGAAUUGCUGUUGUGAGAAAAAUGUGUACUUUUAGCCCUUAUUUUUAACAUGAAUAAUUUUAGCCUGGCUUUUUCCUAUGAAUGUAAUGUUUCCCAAACAGGACAAGGAUUUUUAAUAGCAUCCCAUGCUGCAAGCCUAAUGAAUCAACUGACAGCUUAUUUCAGCCAUUUUCUAUAGAAUAUUGUAUUACAAAUCCCAAUUCAAACUUUCAAAAGAAUUGUUGUAUUACCCUCAGCUGCCUAACAUUGUGACAACCAGAUUGUAUCUCAUACUUGGCCUCAAAUAUAUAUGACAAUGUACUAUACAUAAUUAGAUUUUUUUUUAAGUGGGCAGUUUCGUUUGCAGUGUUAUGACUUAUGUGCAGAAAUCAGGCAUCAAGGAUGAGGUACUGAAAGUAGAGUUAUUGGCAUUAUCAGGUUACUGAUUUUCUUAAAAACUUGUUAGCAUUUUCUAAUGCUGAGAAACAGAAGGAAAACAUGUAUUCUUUCCUAGUUUUUCAUGAGCUAUUUUCUGCUCCAGGUUUCUCCUACUAAGCUUCCACUCAAAUUGCCAGCUGCUCUGAGCCAACUGGGAGUACAAUUUUUCAAACUGUCUUUAGUGUACAAAACCACAGGUGUGUUAGUUUGCAUAUGUUGUCAAGAAAAUCAUAACCAUUUCUGACAGUCUCCAUUUCUUAAUGUGAGGAAACAUGUACAUAUUGUAUAUAGAAUAAUAAGCUACUUUGAAGUUGAAUUCUCAUUUAUACUUGUUUACUUCCAGAUCUGCUAAUCUGCAACAAGAUCUUGGCAAUGGUCCUGACCUCUCUGUUUCUUUCUUUGUUUGUUUUCUUUACUGCUGUGUGUGAUCUCCUGUAAAGCAGGUUACAGUCAUCACUAUUGUAUGUAUGUGUUUGCAUGUGUGUGCCUUGAUAAAUUCUCUCUUUUGGAGCUCUGAAUUUUUCAUUUCAAGUCCAGCUGGUACAAUUGUGAACUCAUCUUUCCAGUAUGCUCCCCUGUGUCAGACUGCCAACUUCCAAAAUGUCUGACCAAGUGUUUUGAUUAAGUCCCCUGAGGAAAGCUGUCUGUAUACUUGUGAAAGGGCAUGCUCUGUGUAGGAUGACUGUGUACAGUAUAAAUCUAUAAAACGUGGAAGUGUUUAUAAAUUUAUCUGCCAAAUAUUUAUCAUCCAUGUAACAAAUGCAAAGUUAUUUAGUGUACAUCAGAUUAAUAAAGGGGCAUUUUUUGCUCCACUAUAUUCAAAUAAAGAUUUGUUCUCUGCAAUGAA